AUGGAGGGAGAGAGAGAGAGGGAGGGGAAGAGGAAGAGCCCAGAAGGACCCCCGCCAAUCUGUCCAAGCCAUGGUGAGGGGGAGGAGGAGGAGACGGUGAAGAGGUUCUGCGAGCUGCUGGAGAGCGUCAGGGAAAUUAGAAGGCGGAGUUCCUUGGGCGGCUGCGAGCGACGGAAGAGCCCCCAGGCGAAGGCUCCAGCGUGGACGCCAGUGUUCCAGUGGGAGGACUUCGCCGGCAAGCCGGCCUCCCGCGGGGGGAAGGACCUCGUCGCCGCGUCGCCGGGCGUCACCGCCGGCGGCCAGCGAGAGGAGGAGAACAGGGCGGAAGACGACGGCUCCGGUCUGGACCUCCGGCUCGCGCUGUAG